AUGUGUCUCGCUAAAGACGGGUCGCCAUCGCCGCAAAAGGAGGCCGUUUCGCCCCGCUCACCCUGGAUGAAGCUCUUAAACCGUCAGAGCUCUAAGCCGAAGCUCCCGCGGAGAGUGGCGACCUCGACGCGAGUUAAUCUUAACAAGUGCUGGUCGAAACUUGGAGAGCUGAUCUCCAACACAUCGGCCCGCGCUGACCUGCCAUCGCAGAAGACUGCUUAUCCCGAAGAACCUGUCUUGAUACCGUUCUCCGAAUACUUCUAUCCAAUAAGCCCGGUUAAACCGGUUCCCGUCGAGGAGAACGACAACGCUGAAAACCAGAACAUCCUCAACAGCAACCGCUACGAGCUCGUCGCCGAGGAAGCCAGCGACAAUAUGGCGAACGAAGUCCGCGAAAUCUGCUACACGGCGACCAAGACCAGCUGUUUCGUAUGUAAACUUUGUCAA